AUGAAGUUCUCGAGUGCAAUCGUCCUGCCGCUGCUGUCGCUUGGCUCAGGCCUUGCUGCCGCUGCUUCGUGGAGUUUCGAGGAUGCCACGCUCAGCAUUGCCAGCAAAGGAGCUGGUGUAGGUGGUGCCCUCAAGGAGAACAAGCAGAUCAAACUCGGUCCUACCGACACGCUCAAGCUGCUCCUGACAACCACUGAGGACAAGACAGCAAAGAGACCUCACCAGGCCUUCCUCACUCUUCACGAACCCAAGACCGGUCUCGAAGAGUCGUUCGUCUUCAGUGUCAAGGAGAGCGGCAAGGCCAGAGUCGAGCUGGACCUCCCCUUCCAAUUCCUCACCGCAAGCGACCCUAUCCAGGCCAAGCUUCUGAUUGCCUCGUUUGGCUCUUCCGGAGCCUACUACACCCACGCCUUUGACUUGGCUGUCACCCGCGACCCCAGUGUGCCCCUCAGCACUCCCGAGCCUCCUCUCCGCUACGGCAAGCUGUCCGAGAUCCACCACAUCUUCCGCAGCGACCCCAAGUCUCCUCCUACCAUCCUCUCAAGCGUCUUCACCCUCGCCGUCUUGGCUUGUUUACCCGUCCUUGUUGGCGGAUGGCUGUUCCUGGGCGCCAACCUCAACCACCUUUCAAAGGCCAUGAACGCUGCCCCUGUCUCGCACGCCCUGUUCUUCGGAAGUAUUGUCGCCAUGGAGUUCAUCUUCUUCCUCUAUUACUCUUCCUGGACUCUCUUCCAGAUCCUGCCUCCUGCUGGUCUGGUUGGCACCAUUGCCUUCUUGAGUGGCAGCAAGGCCCUGGGCGAGGUUCAGCAGCGCAGACUUGCUGGCUUGAGAUAG